UUGUUGUGAGUCAUAUCGUAUGUGGUACGUACGCCUCGCCGCCAUAUUAGAAGUGGCACUCCGUCUGGAGAGAUGGUUCACUCGUGUGCUGCUUUAAACUGUAAGAACCGCUGCUCUGUCCAAACCAGAUCCCGGGGAGUCACCUUUCAUUGCUUUCCAAAAGAUACCAAGAGGAAGAAGCAGUGGGAAUCGGCCCUGAAAAGGAAAGAUUUCAAUGCCAGUCGGUCGUCCAUGCUCUGCAGUGAGCACUUCAGAUGGGAGGACAUUGACAGGACAGGUCAGACUGUAAGGAUCAGAGAUGGAGCUAUUCCAUCUGUCUUCAAUUUCCCAGCUCAUCUCCAAAAGCCAGUGGCAACCAGGACAACCCUGACUUCAAAGAAGGCUCAAGAGUGCCCACCAGUAGUCUGUUCCCAGCUUGUGCAAGAGACUAAACCUGUGAUUGUGCCUAAUGUUGACCACUCCUAUCCACUGCCUGCAUCUCCUGAGGAGCUGAGGGCUAGGCUCAGUGAAGCCUUGGCUAGGGUGAGGGCUCUUGAAAAAGAGAAGAGGAAUGCCAAGGAUCGAGAACGGAGGACAAAGAAAGUGGUCCUUGGUCUUCUGGAGGAUCUGAGGGAAAAGAACCUCAUAAUUGAAGAACUGAAAGCUCAGCUGUCUGUAAAGAAAAAGAAAAGUUCUAAAUUAAUAAAGAAAUCUUGAGUUUUGAA